CUAGGUGUCAGCAGCUCCGCCGGGCUGUCUGCUGCCGUCAGCUGUUCCGUCCGUCGGCACCGGCGGCUCCAGUGGACCCUUUGGUGUGGUGUGGGGUGGGAGCCGGGCUACCGCUCCGAGAUACUGUCUCCCCGUGCUAAGAACGAGGGAUCGACUGGACCCACCACUGUCCGCUCAACAUCAAAGGUCUCCACCAUGGGCAAGUGUGAGCUGCCAUUCACGGAGGAAACGGGCGCGCCGGCCCGGCCGCUGAGCCCGUGCGUUCUCGAGAAGGCCCGCCUGGACCUCAACGAGGACGAACAGGGCCGCGAGCGGGCGCUGGAAGAGCUGCGCACGUGGAUUGGCCGCAAUCGCAACAUCCUCACCUGCCGAGAAGAUGCCAACUUUUUGCUGCGGUUCCUGCGGAUGAAGAAGUUCCGGAUGCCGGAGGCGCAGGCGGUGCUGAUGAAGUACCUGAAGAUGCGGCAGAAGGAGCCGCGCUACUUCCACCGGCUCGACAUCCAGGACCCGGCCAUCAACGACCUCGUCUCACGCGGGUACAUGUUCGUUCUGCCGGAGCGGGACAGUGCCGGCCGGCGGGUGGUGGUCUCCCGCGGCUCCCGGGUCGACCCGGCGCGACACACGCCCGAGCAGGUCAUCAGGACCAACCUGAUGACGUUCGAGACGCUGCUAGAGGACGAGGAGAACCAGAUCCGCGGCUUCACCUACCUCUACGACCAGAAGGGCAUCGGCUUCUCGCACGUGCUCAUGUGGUCGCCCAGCCAGGUGUCGCAUAUGAUCGCCUGCUGUGAGAGUGCCAUGCCGAUGCGCCACCAGCAGAUCAACUUUGUCAACGUACACACACUGAUCCACACGGUGCUCGAGUUCGUCAAGGGCCUGAUCGCCGAGAAGCUGCGCUCGCGUUUCAUCAUCUACAGCAAUGUGGACAAGCUGCAGCGCUCGCUGCCCGUCAAGAUCCUGCCCAAGGAGUACGGCGGCGAGACGCCCAUGGAGGAGAUGAUCGCCGCCUGGAAGAAGGAGCUGGAGACGAGUCGGGAGCGGCUGCUGGCGCUAGACCAGAUGCGGGUCCGUUCGGAGGACGAGGAGCCCUGCGUGUCGACCGCCGCCGGCCUGCACUGCUCGCUGGCCGAGCUCGACAUAGACUAGCUGCCCGGCUGGGGGACGGCCGAGUCGGGGCGGGGCGGCAGCGGCAGCACUGCGGGCUGGCCUCCGCGCCGGGAGGCUGGAGUGGCUAUGAGACUGCCGCGCCAGUCGAGAGGACAGAUUAGCCAGGCGCUGGACCGUCGGACGAGCUGGCCCUCCACGGGAGGCGCUGGGGGCCACCCGGAGGGAGCGGUUCGUCCGAGUCUGUCCCUAUGGGACAGCGGCCGGCGAGGCGCCGGGGCUGGUGCCGGGAUCCGUGUUGAAGCCGCCGGGCGGUCUCACCAGCCGAGCCGACGACAAACGACCUCACCCGGCUGUGGUGGAACGAUCUCCAAACAGCGUCCGGCGACAAACAAAACGUGUGUCAGUGUCAGUGUCGGGGUUUCAGUGUCAGUACCGGGAGUGUCAGUGUCGGGGUGUCAGUACCAGAGCCAGUGUGUGUCAGAUGUCGUCAGGUGAAACUGUGUCGUCAUCGGUGUCAAAUACGCCGGGAACGGGAAGGCUGUCGUGCUCAACGCCCUGCCGUUCGAUCUGCCUCACACGACAGGCGGGAUGCCCAGUUCAGUGCGACAGAUGUCUCAUUACAUCACUGCUCUGUCACCGUUCGACCGCCUGUCGCCACUUGCCCCACGAGCAGUGAAGGGUUGCCAGGUGGACUCUGAUCGGUUCUACCCGAUACGACCUGGGCCCUGAGUGUGUGUGGACACCGAGAACGUAUUACCGCCUCUGCCGCGCUCCGUUAGGGGCGCGCUGGACACUGUAUUGACCCUACAGUCCCAUAUCUAUUGGGACAGGGUGUGCGUUGGGCAUGAACUCGAGCGCAACAAUGCGACGUUUGUCUAAAUAACCGCACAGUGAGGGUGAUAAAGCAAUGUGACAUUAACUAACACUAACCAGACGCGAGGACAACUAUUUAUGGCUCAUAGUUCAGAGUGGGACCGACCUCUCCCACCGCGCGCCAAGGUAAAAUAGCUUUACCGUGCAGUGUGUCGCGAACCGCUUGCCAUGCCACGGCGGAUGUAACUGCUGUGAUCGCCAUUAGACCGUGGACGGAAUGGAUCAGUAUUCAGUAUCACAGUUUGUGCUCGGAGAGUGUGACGGGUAACUGUUAGCGUGGGGGAACAGUGCGUAGUCCAGUGUUUUUGGGGUGUAGUACAAUGUACAAGUGUAGCUCAAAUAUAAAUGUACCGAUAUCA